AGAAUAAGGUGCUUAUUAGUACAGCACUCCCUCCCGACUCUGGUUUGUUCUAAACCACACACUACCCAAUAUGUGUAAUAAUAAAUGAAAUUCGUUGCUUUGCGAGUCAAAACAAUAUUCUACUAUUAUAUUAUUAACAGCCGAAGUAGUUUCGUUUACAUAUUUUGUCACAGUGAAAAGCGCUGUUAGUUGUUAGUUGGAAUUCCAGCUUAAAUAGAUCAUCUGUUGAUUCAUGGGAACCGUUAUCGAUUCCCAUUUCUUGGCCCUCACCGCCAUCGUCACUGUAAGUACACACAGACACGCGCAAUUGGUGUGGUGGGGUUGCUGAAAAUUGAUUCUUUUUGUUAUCUUUUGCAGGUAAUUUUCAUCAAUGACUGAUCAUACUUUAGUUCGAUUGGGUGUGUGUUUAGGCUGAGGGUAAGAAAUUGAGGUAGCACAAAUUUCGUAAUACUCGCUAUCCUUACCUUGAUUGUCAACGGAUCAUGGCACUUCCGGCAGGUGAUAUUGUCCCUUCUUGUAGUUAUGUGGGGCCUUCGUCUGGGGAUUUUUCUAUUAAUGAGGAUACUGCAGUGGGGGGAGGAUCGGCGCUUUGAUGAAAUGCGUGAGAAUUUGGCAAAAUUGGCUGUGUUUUGGAUAUUUCAGGCUGUAUGGGUGUGGACUGUGAGUUUACCGGUGACAUUUGUUAAUGCAAGCAAUCGAAAUCCUUCCCUUCAAGCUGCGGAUAUUAUUGGAUGGAUCAUCUGGUCUGUAGGAAUUCUUGUUGAAGCGACUGCCGACCAACAGAAAUUAACAUUCAAAAAUUCUCCAGAUAACCGGGGCAAAUGGUGCGAUGUUGGAGUUUGGAAGUAUUCUCGCCACCCCAACUAUUUUGGAGAGAUCUUUCUCUGGUGGGGAAUCUUCGUAGCCGCAACACCUGUACUCAAAAAUGCAGAAUGGCUCGUCAUCCUUGGUCCAAUAUUCCUCACGUUACUGCUUCUUUUCGUCAGUGGCAUACCACUGCUUGAGGAGUCGGCCGACAAAAAGUAUGGGAACAUUCCUGCAUAUAGGCACUAUAAAAGAAAAACGAGCCCUCUCAUCUUGCUUCCUCCUGCACUGUAUGGAAAUAUGCCGGGAUGGUUCAAAACAACGUUUCUAUUCGAGUUUCCUCUCUACAGUCGCGGUUUGCCCCAAGAGACCUGGAGUAGAAGUCAGCUGGAGACAAGCGUGCACAAGAUUAGUUGAGCAUGCAACGAUCUCUCGACUCUAUGUUGUGGAUGAAUUGUAUAUCACAUCCUAUGAGACUAAUUGUUACAACUCAAUUUGUUUGGAUUAUGGCAUGCUCGUCUUGGACAUCCAGGAACUACUAUGAUGUUUAAUUGUAGUAGACAUACAUUGAAAAACUAGGCAUGUUGAUACUUAAAAGACUAUUUUUGUGAACCAUGUAAAGAAUCUUUUCCUCAGCCCCGAGAGGUUAGAAGUAGAAUUUAUCUUGAUAAAAAUGAGAGUAGCAUCUUGUUUAAAUUCGGGUACAUUUGAAUGUAGUGAAGUAGCAAAAUUCUAUAUUCCAUCUAUAAAUGCUCUAGUUCAGAUAA